CUGUGGUUGGCUGUUCAAAAGGUAAACAAGGAAGUGUGCAAAUGAUCGAGUAGUUCGUUGUUUUCGGUCACAAAACGAAGUUUUAAUUCAAUCAAACUAAUUAUUCCUUCCUGAGUUUCUUGUCAGAUCAGUCAGAAGACUGUUGAUACAGUCAAACAGAGACAGCAGGAACGGCAGAGAUGUCUGUCAUGAUCCAGCCUCGGGGUGAGGUGGGUGGCGGCGUGGCGGCUCACCUCCAGUGUUCCCACUGUGGCCAUUUUUCCAAGAGCCAUGCAGAGCAGCUGUCCCACCUGGCAACAUAUCACCCAACCUGCCUGGAUGGCGUGACCGUGGGUCGCCUUGGAAACAUCCUGAUGUAUCAGAGCAGCGCACGGUUGUUUCACUGCUUUGAGUGUUUCUACACCAGCCGAGACUUCGCCAAACUCUACAAACACAUCAUCACCAAACACUGCAUAGACAACAUGGAGGGGACAGUAGGACGAGGGGGGGGAGAUGGAGGAGGUGAUGCAGGAAGUAAAGGAAUGGGUGAUGCAGGUGAAGGAGGAGAGGAUGCAGGAGGUGAAGCAGGAGAAAGAGGAGGUGAUGCAGGAAGUAAAGGAAUGGGUGAUGCAGGUGAAGGACGAGAGGAUGCAGGAAAAAGAGGAGGUGAUUUAGAAGGAGGAGAUAAUGUUGGAGGACAGGGAGGUGAAGAUGGGGAUGUGAAGAGGGAGGGGGAAGUAGAAGAAGUGAAGGAUGCUCCUAACAGAAAGAGCAGUGAGGAGGAGGAGCAGAGAAAGGUUCCAGAGUCAGUUAAAGUUAAGGUUGAAGGGGAGAAAAGGGAUCUGAUGAUCGAUGGUGGCAGCUUCCGCUGUCUGAUCUGUGGCUGGAGGAACAAACAUAAAUCAGUGUCUGCCAGCCAUGUGGUGCUGAAACAUGAAAUUCCCAAAUCCUACGCCAUCCAGGCCAUCAAGUGGGAAGAUGCUGUCCUCACCAAGACUCCUGGAGGCAUGGCCGAGGAUGAGGAGGGGGCCGGGCUGAGUGAGGAGAUGCUGAAGAAGGAGAUUGAAGCAUCAGCCAAGGUGAUAAGCUUCGUCUCCACCCGCUACAUUUGUCUCAUCUGUGGCUGGAAGACAAAGAUCAAAGGAUUUGCCAUCAGUCACGUGGUGCGCAGCCACAACGUGGAGUGUCCAUUCCGCUGUACAGAAUGCCCCCAGAGCUUCUUCCUGCCCAGCCAGCUGCAGCAUCACGUCCGCUUGUUCCACCGGCCCGGACGCUACGCCUGCCCCUUCUGCUCCUUCCGCUCAGAGUACAUCGGAGGCUUCAGAAGACACUGCAGCCGCUGCAGUGUCCGGGAGGAGGUGGGAGAGGGUGCUGAAGGAGGGGAGGAGACUGUGGCGAAGGAGGCGAGAGAGUCCAGGAAACGUAGGAGCACCGAGAUGAUGAUGAUUGAUGAUAUAAAGGAAGAGGAGGACGACUGAUCUAAGUUUUUAGUCUGUUUAGAAUCAAUGAAACUAAUAAUUUGCUUCACUGAACUCUGAAUAAAAAUCUUUAAAACA